UAUGUGAGUGUGUGUCUGCCCGUAUGAGUGAGUGAGUGAGUGAGUGAGUGUAAGUAAGUAAGUAAGUAAGUGACUGAGUGAGUGAGAGAGAGUGAGAGUGUGUGUGUGUGAGUGAGUGAGUGAGAGAGAGAGUGAGUGUGUGGUUCAUUUUUUAUACUUGCCAGAUAUGGAGGCAGACGGUAGCCAAGCCACCUCUGGCAGUCCAAACGACUCGCAGCAUGACCCAGGUAAAAUGUUUAUCGGCGGUCUCAGCUGGCAAACCUCACCAGAUAGCCUUAGGGACUAUUUUAGCAAAUUUGGCGAAAUCAGGGAAUGUAUGGUGAUGCGAGAUCCGACCACGAAGCGAUCCAGAGGCUUCGGUUUCGUUACGUUUGCCGAUCCUGCAAGUGUAGAUAAAGUAUUAGCUCAACCCCAUCACGAAUUAGAUUCCAAGACGAUUGACCCUAAGGUUGCAUUCCCCCGAAGAGCACAGCCCAAGAAAACCUUUCACUAUGGUGGCAAACGGAUCCAGACGUUGAUAGCGGGAGGCACUGUUGCCGUGUUAGAGAGUGGGCAUUGCCG